ACUCCCUUUGAUUCCAAGAUCACCAACCACCAGUUCUAUAUAUAUAUAUAUAUAUAAAAGCUAUCACAGACACACAUACCCCGAGGAUCGACACAUAUGGCAGACCCUUCUGCUCCUUCAUCUUCUUCUGCUUCUGCUGCUUCGUACAUUCAUAUGGUGCAGCACCUGAUCGAGAAGUGUUUGACCUUUCACAUGACAAAGGAGGAGUGCAUGGAUGCCCUUUCUAAACAUGCAAAUAUUAAGCCUGUCAUAACCUCCACAGUGUGGAAUGAGUUGGAGAAAGAAAACAAGGAAUUCUUCGAAGCAUAUGCAGAAUCGAAGAGUAAAGACAAUAGAAUGUCGGAAGAAGAGACAAGUCAGAUGAUACAGAAGAUUAUCUCUGAUAAUUCGUCCUCUAAAGAUGCAGAUCACUAAUCCUUCUGCCAUUGAAAACGAUCUCUUUCUGUUCGAUCUCUUAUGUUUAAUAUUAUUCACUUCGUAUUUACGCAUCUUUGUCUUCUUCGAAUCCGAGGCAAGCACGCAACACAACCUACUUCUCUCUCUCUCUCUCUCUUUCUGUGUGUGCCUGGGUAGAAUCUUAUUGCUACCGUACGUAAAUGGUCCCAUGCAAGGUGUCUUGUCUUUCUAUAUUUCUAUCUGAUGUUGUUAUCAUAAGCUUCUUCAAGGAAAGGUCGACGUGCCACGCAAGCACGAGGAGGAUAACUUAUAUAUGUAAUUUGAUGUCUGAUAAUUGUAUAAGAUGCUGAUAUGGCUUUUACUGAUUGGAUUCUCGUGUCUGCGAAAUCCUUCAAUAUAUCACAUCACUCGGGUUUUCACACAUGAAGUAAGAACCCAAGACGUAGGAUGGAAUAUAUUAUA